AUGCGCAACUCAAGAGAGAACUGGAAUGAGUCGCCCGCCAGUAGAGAAAGUUCCAAAGCUGCUGCAGUUGAUGAAAAAGUCGUAACUCCAGCCUACGAUUCGGAGAAGAUCGAACUAAACACUUCCAUCGAAAAUGAUGCACCAUCACAAGAGAAGACAUAUCCAAGCGGAUGGAAAUUUCUUCUUAUUACAUUGGGCAUCAUGGCUGCCGUUUUGGUAGUCGCUCUAGAUAACUAUAUCAUAUCAACAGCUAUCCCUCGAUUAGCCACAGACUUCAAGUCAAUUAACCUGACUGGAUGCAUUUUGUGGUUUGAGGUUGGUUCUAUCAUAAGUGCAGCCGCUCCUAAUUCAUUUGCCUUCAUUUUUGGGCGCCUGAUUUGUGGUGCGGCUGCAGGAGGGAUCUGGUGUGGAACACUCACACUCGUUACCAAUGUGGUUCCUCCUGCAAAGCGUUACCUAUACGUGUCAGUGGUUACUAGUAUGUAUGGUGUUUCCUCCGCAGCUGGACCGCUUCUUGGAGGCUUGUUCACAGAUUCGAAGCUCACUUGGCGAUUCUGCUUCUGGCUGAACCUGCCUAUCGGUUUUGUUGCCUUCUUGUUGAUUACAUUUUUUCUUGAGCCACCAGAACUAUCGGAGCUGGGGAAAAGCCUGACUAUAAAGCAAAAGAUUAUGAGGAUCGAUUUUUUGGGCACGUUUCUUUUGAUUACAGCGUUCACCUGCUUUUUCCUCGCAGCUCAAUGGGGUGGUACCACAUACGCAUGGUCUAGUUCCAAGGUCUGGGGUUGUAUACUUGGAUUUUUCCUUCAAAUAGCAGCCUUCAGUUAUCUUCAGGUUCGGUUUCAAGACCGCGCAACAAUCCCUAUUCGAGCAUUAAGAAACUUCACAGCCUUACUGUGCCUCCUUUAUCAACUUUUCAUUUCUAUGGUCAUAGCGAUACAGAUUUACUAUUUGCCCUUCUAUUUUCAGUCCGUACUUGGGCAUUCCGCGGCUUCAUCUGGAGUUCUCACUCUACCUUACGUAAUGACGCUACUUUUUUCUCCAAUGGCUAGUGGUGCUUAUAUUACCGCCUAUGGUCAUUACAUCCCAAUUAUGUAUAUUGGGGCCUGCCUAGCUGUCGUGGGCUCUGGACUGUUAUCUACGCUCUCCGUCACAAGCAGUCAGGCGCAGUAUGUGGGCUAUCAAAUUAUAGUCGGUUUAGGAGCUGGGAUAGUUCAACAGAUUGCCUUCACAGCUGUGCCUUUAGCACUUCCGCCAGCGGACGUAGCUACUGCGAGUGCGCUGGUAUCUUUCUGUAACAGUCUUGGGCCGGUAGUAGCCCUUACUGUCGGAAACAUUCUCUUCACUAACCUCUUUGGAAGUAAAUUGGCAGAAAUUCCAGGGUUGAAUGGGAGGAUUACUGGAUCAGAAAUCAAGGGACUGGUAGACCUUGGAACACUAGUACCAGCUCAGUACGUGGAAAGUGUCAAACAAGCAUUGUCGUUCGCUUUGAGCCGGACGCUUGUGUUUGCAAUACCAGCUGCAGGAUUAGCCGCAUGCUGUGGUUUCGUAAUCCAGCUUCUUUCAUGGAAAAGAAAAAGAAUCAGCAGUUCAGAGUCGGGAGAAAUGACAGGAGAAAUACAUCACAAAAGUGAUGACAAGGUCUGA